CUCAGAAGUCAUGAGUGGCCGGUGAAAUUCAGCCUUUGAACCGAACACAUCGCAUUUGACUUUGAUGAAAUAAGAACAGACUCAACUAUUGAUGAGGAUUUAAAAACACGUCAGAUUUCCAGUAUGGGUCAUCGAGUCGAUGAUGUCAUGAGGCUGUGUUGUGAGUUAUCUGCCAACCAGCAGAUCCAGACCACGGUGAGGGGCUCGGGGAAGGGGGCGGCAGCAGCCGGAGGACUGGCCUUCGCCGGGGGGCUGGUCGGGGGUCCUCUGGGUAUUGCAGUGGGCGGUGCCGUCGGAGGCCUCCUGGGCUGCUGGCUGACCAGUGGACAGUUCAAACCGCUGCCUCAGAUCCUCAUGGAGCUCAGUCCUCAGCAGCAGCAGAAGCUUUACGAUGACCUCAUGGUCGUCCUGGGAGACAUUCAGUGGACAGAUGUGGUCCAGCUCUCCGCUCUGGUGAUGGGCAACGCAGCCCUGAAGCAGCAGCUGACAGCCGCCCUGCUGGGAUACGUUACCAAGGAGCUCCAGGCUGAGGUGCACUACAUGGAUUAGUGUCUGUGGAAAACACCGGGGAACAUGACUCUGAGGCCUCAGUUCUCAACAGGAUGAAGUCUGGAAAAAUAAGACUUGUUUUUAUGAAGCUCGAGAAUAUUUCUAAUUUAAUGUGAAAUCCUGGACAGACACCACUGGUUAAACAGCAGGUUGGCACAUCAUAACCUCGUGUUUUCAAUGAAAAUGGAAUUAUGAGGAUAAACAUAGUGAGGGAAGAUCACUAAUCAGUUGCAGAAAUCAUCUAUUCAUUAAUUGUGUAAUGGUUCUGAUGUUAAAAGUUAGUCUGAUUUAAGGUCUGACUGCAGCUACACUGAAACACUGAAAAUACAGAUACACGCUACUGUCAUAUUUAAAUGCAGAGGAUUAUGUUCAAAUAGAAAGUACAGUGAGAAAUAAUUUUAAUUUGAUGUGUAUUUAUCAAGUGUUUACUUGAUAAAUACACAUCAUGUUUAGUUUACUUUGUGUACAGUAUAUUGCCAUCAGUGAGUCAAUUCAAAGAAUGAAAUGUUUUCAUUAAUAAAAGCAAAGCAAUCGUAAAACAAUUCUAUUUUAAUCUCACUUACACUGUUUGCUAGUGUCAUCACAUGUGUAAACUUGUCCAUACGAGACAAACCCAAUAAAAUGGAAAAAUAACUAUAUGGAUUUGAACCCAUGUUUCAGAGAUAACAGGUUUUAUACAUAAAACCUAAACAGUGAGUGGUCUGAGGCCAGCUGCUCCCCCUGCAGGAUGCAAGAAAAAAAAGGUGACGCACGCUGCAGGGGCCUAAAAUAAAAAGUGUUAGUAUGUAUGUGCAAUGCAUGGUUGAGAACACAAAAUGUUUGUUUUUGCUCAUUAAAU